UCUUACCAUGAAAAACUUCUAUUUCGGGCUCGGCGCGAUUGGAACAUGAUAGACUGAAUCCAGUUAGCUGCUACUUGACAUGGAAAAGAAACAGAUCGUCUAAUAGGAUCAAGAAGCAAGAAUCAAAAUUGGCUAGCAAAAUUAACCUCUGCGAAGGGUAUAGUUUAAUUCAAACUCGUAGAACCGUUUUCCUCAGUAAAAAGCGCCCAAAUUAGACGAAGCCAUGGCCACAACAAUCCCGAGUCGUUUCUUUUCACAAAUGCCGUGGGCGUUAAUACUUAUUAAAGAUGUUCAGUGGCCAAGAUUCCUCAACCCCACACAUGUAACCCAACUUAUUAAAGCCCAGAAGAGCUCUCUUAUGGCCUUGGCUAUUUUCAACGAAGCAAAACUACAGCACCCACAAUAUAAACAUAAUGGAUUAGCCUACACCACCAUGAUUAACAUACUUGGGGCCUCUGGAAAGUUUGGAUUGAUGGAGGAUGUUAUGGAAGAUUUGAGAUUGGACUUCUGUGAAUGCAGUGAUACCCUUUUUACCAAUGUCAUUAAAUUUUAUGGAAAAGCAGGCAUGUUAGAAGAGGCCAUUAGGGUUUUUCAGAGGAUUAAGGAAUUUAACUGUAGAAGCUGGACUGGAUCCUUCAAUGAACUUAUGAAUUUGCUUGUUGAAAAUGGGGAUUUAAGGAGGGUGCAUUAUAUGUAUGUUAAUAUGAAGAAGUGGGGAGUGCGCCCGGAUGACUGUACUUUUGAUGUGCUUAUUAGGGCACUUUGUGGGCACAACAGGUCUGAUCUUGCACUUGAAUUGCUCCAUGAGAUGAAGUCACAGAACUGUUAUCCAAGUGAGGUUACUUAUAGGAUCCUGAUGCAGGGACUCUGCAAUGAUGGGAGAUUGCACGAUGGGACCCAUUUGUUAUAUUCGAUGCUUAAGAGGAUUUCACAGGGGGGAUGUGGAGCUGAUAUUGCCACUUACAGUACACUUCUGGAGGCUUUUUGCGAAAGAGGCAAGGUUGACGUGGCUGUUAAGAUUCUUAUCAAGAUUUUGAAAAAGGGUGCAACGACUUCUAAACGGUAUAGUCUUGAUCAGGAAGGGUUUAGUAAGAGGCUUAAUGAGCUCUGUUCGAGAGGAAGGGUGGAAGAAGUUAGGAAGCUGCUGAAUGAGGUUCUGGUUAAGGGUGGGAAUCCCAGUGCCAUGAGUCACAGUGUUAUGAUAGAUAAUUUGAGCAAUGCUGGCAGGGUAGAAGAAGCGCAGGAGUUGUUAAUGGAUAUGUUGAAAAGGGGUUACAUACCAAGAGUCUGUACAUAUAAUAAGUUGGUCGGUGGGCUUUGCAAAGAAGGCAGGUCCUAUGAAGCCACCAGACUUCUACAUUUGUUAAUGGAGAAUGGGUGUCUUCCUGAUGUUGUGAGUUAUAAUGUGUUGAUUGAUGGACUCUGCAAAGAAUACAAAGUGCACAAGGCUGUCGAAUAUCUUGAGGCUAUGUUGAAACAUGGAUGUGUCCCAAAUGCUGUAACUUACCAAACUCUAAUAGAUGCUUUUUGCAUGGAAGGCAAAUUUUAUGAUGCUGCCAAAAUUUUGGAUAAGAUGUUGGAUAAUGGCUUUAGUCCACAUAGUACCACAUACGGCACACUGAUUGCUGGUCUUUGUAAGCAAGGUAAACUUUAUGAAGCCAAUAUUUUCCUCGAAGAUAUGGUGCAGGAAGGUCUAAUUCCAGAUAUUCUUCUGUGGAACUCAUUAGUUUUCAGCUUCUGCAAGGAAAAGAAUAUUAGAAAUAUAGUUGAUCAAUUUCAUAUAUAUCUUAAAAGGAUUGGUUACAGAUUUCAAGGCUAGAACAGGAAGCAUUCUGGAUAGCUUAUAAAAUACUCUAUACAUUCACAAGGGGCAGAAAGGGACCAUUCCAGUGAUUACCAGAAUGGUAAAGACUAUGUUUCUUGUAACCUUAAAAAAAAGAUAAAGGCUCCUAAAGCUUUCCAUAAUCCACAGAAUUUUUGAAAGAACAUGAUCAUGAAAGGCCAAAAAGUAACGAUGGAUCAAUAUGUUAUCUGAUUCUUGCCACUUAUAUCCACCACCUUAAUUUAUAUUUGGAGUACUAAGGAGGGUUAAUGCUUGUGAUAUCAGUAGUUAUAAAUGUUCAGUAUUUCUGCAACUUCAUUUCAAAGGCAUUCACAAAACUGAAAGCAAAGUUGGAUAAAUUCUGUGUUUCAAGCAAAUUUGUUUCAGAGAUUGAAAUAGUUGGGACAAUUAUCAGAAAUAUGUUUCUGGUCAAAUAAUCUCUGUACGAGAAGAAAUGAUACAACAUGUUUGACUUGUGAUGCAUGUAAAACUUAUGAUAUAUUCAUAAAAACUGAGCUUUCAAGGCCAUCAAAGCAGGAAAAAAUUAUUGUAAAUAUGGUUUCCCCAUGUCCUGUUUCAUUUUCCCGUAACAUUAAAUUUAUUUGAGCACUUUAUUGCUGCUCUGUUGA